CCCUCCCCGUCCCGUUCCCGCCGGUACCGGUGGCGCCGCGCGUGUCCAUGGAGACGUCAGAGCGCGGCGUGACGUCAUCGGCCGGGCCGGGCCGGUACAGCCCGGACACCCGGGAGCUGCUCAGAGCAAUGAUGGAGGAGUUGAAACUGACACAUUUCCAGAGGCGAUCCCUGAUGAACUGUGUGAAACGAGGAGAUACCCUGCCUCUCCAGUGCCACCCCACAUCCAGCAAAAAAACAGCGCCAGCAGCGCUUGCUUUCUCCCCACCAGUUUGUCAACCGUGCAGGCUUCCAGCUAAACCACACCUCCGACCUGCCAGUGUCUGCCAGGCAGGAGAUGCCUACACCCGAGAGAAAUUCAGGCCACAGCCAACGCGAGAUUUGGAAAAGGAGAAGGAAAGACUCCAAAACAUCUUAGCAAUGGGGAAGGAAGUGGUGGAGCACAAUGUGAAGCGGAUGCCUGUUCAGAGGAAGGAAGAGGAGAUACCUGAGCGUGACCGGUUUGAGGAAUUGGUGAAUGAAGUUCAGGAGAGGAAGGAGUUCCUGGCAGAGAUGGAAGCUCUAGGGCAGGGCAAGAAGUAUCGAAGCAUUGUCCUCACUGAAAUCUCACAGAAAAUACGCGAGAUGGAGAUCAUUGACAAGAUGAGAAGUGAGGCAAUGAGAGAGAUCAUGACAAAAGACUUCUCUGGUGGGAACAAAUCUGAUCCCCGCAACUAGGCCAAGGGAAAAAAAACACAAGUGCAGUUUGUUCCCACCUCAUCUCAAGGGCUGGUCUGUGCCUCUACCCGAAGAGGGGGCAGCAGCAUCUGUUGCCUGAAGCCAGAAGCGAUUUGUAUGUAGCUGGUUAACAAAGGAAAGCUGUUGUAAAAUCCUGCCCACGCACUGGAUCCCUUCUUGCUCAACAAUACCAAAGAGAUGAAAACACACAGUAGUGGGUACCAAAACAUGACAAAGCAGAGCCUUCUUUUGCCUGUGCGAUGCCUCGGAGUACAGGGAUCCACCACUAAAAGUGUCGCUCAUUUCCAUCCACCCAGAGGUGGAGGCUUCUCAAGACAGUAUGAUGGUAACACGUGGUGCUACCCACAUCUACAACCUGAUCCUGUCCCCACGACUCUAGGAAUGACUGUGCUGGCAGACGGCACAGAGGAAGAUGCAACUGCGUGGCCUUGCGCAAGCACGAGCCUCCAGCGUUGCUGGAGGUCAGCGUGACUGUAUGCAUCAGCAAACUUCUUGGUGGCAGCUGAACUGGGCAAGCGCUCAGGAGUGCAGCUGUGCAGAGGAGGGAGAGGGGAUUUCAUCCCAGCGCAUGCUGCUCUUUGCUGCUGGCUUGCUGUGGGGUUUUGGUUCCUGAAAGCGUGGUAUGCUGAACAGCCACUGGCUCCCCACAGAGCCUGGAAACGUCUGUUUGCUCCCCUCAGGCAUAACCCUACAUCUGUCCUCCAGCAGGCUGAAG